AGAAACUAGACGGCAAUACAACAGGACAACUCAAAACUCAACUCUGCAGCUCAGAAGACACCUUGUGCUCAAGAUGCUUUCCACCCUUGUCCAUAGCACCAAGAAAAUUCCUGAACUAUCAAGACACAUUCACAAGUCAGCUGCGAAAGUGGUUAUUGGAAACCAGUUGGAAGACACGGUCACAAACAGUUUUGCAUCAUUUGUUAAUGGGACACGCCCAGAGCAUCUGUCUGAUGUCGUCCGCCACAGAAGUAAACGUAUGAUACUGGACAACAUUGGCGUGGGACUGGUUGGCAGCACAACACAUGUCUUUAACAUUGUGCUGAAAUACUGCCAGGACCUACAUUUCUCGGCUCAUGGCAAUUCUACCCUCUGUUCAGUCUUUGGCCAAAAAGGUUUGAAGCUCUCACCAACCCUGGCAGCCUAUGCCAAUGGAGUUGCUGUUCACUCCAUGGACUUUGAUGACACAUGGCAUCCUGCCACUCAUCCAUCAGGCGCUGUGCUUCCUGCCAUUCUGGCACUGUCUCAGAUGCUUUCACAUGCCAGAAGAGUCAGUGGUGAGGAGCUCCUGACAGCUUUCAAUGUGGGCAUUGAAAUACAAGGAAGACUGAUGAGUUUUUCUAGUGAGGCAAAGAAUAUUCCUCAAAAGUUUCAUCCACCUUCUGUUGUUGGCACCAUGGGGAGUGCAGCAGCUUCAGCCAAGCUCCUUUCAUUAAACAAAGAUCAAUGCACCCACGCCCUGGCAAUUGCAGCCUCUCUCGCUGGUGCUCCAAUGGCAAAUGCUGCCACUCUAGCCAAGCCAUUACACAUUGGUAAUGCAACUAGGUUAGGUCUUGAAGCCGCCAUUCUGGCUGCUAACGGUAUGGAGGCCAACUCUCUCAUACUUGAUGAGGUGCCUGGCUGCUCUGGUUUUAGUGCUUUUUAUAGUGACUACCAGCCUAAGGCCCUCACCUCACCAGGAAAGCAGUAUGAGUUUCUUCUUGAGAAGCAAGACAUUGCUUUCAAGUCUUUUCCAGCACAUUUAGGAAUGCACUGGAUAGCUGAUGCUGCUGUUUCAGUGAGAAGCAGGUUUGAAGAGCAAUAUGGAUCAUUUGACCCAUCCACUAUCCAGACAAUUGUUCUUAGAAUUCCAGUCUCUAAAUACAUUAACCGACCCUAUCCAGAUUCAGAACAUCAGGCUCGUCACUCCUUCCAGUUCAAUGCCUGCACUGCACUGUUAGAUGGUGAAGUAAAUAUCAGGUCUUUCCAUGAAGACAAAAUAUUGCGUAAGGAAAUCCAUAACCUGCUGAGCAAAGUGGUAGUGGAACACCCACAAGACAAUGAAGCCAACUUUGACAAGAUGUAUGGAGAAGUGGUCCUGCUGCUGAAAAAUGGAGACGUGAUGAUUGAAAAAUGUCACACUUUUUAUGGGCACUGGAGAAAACCUCUGAGCCGAGAAUCUCUACUGAAGAAAUUUUUGUCCAAUGCUAGACACGUCCUACAGGAGGACCAAAUUGAAGGUGUAAUACAGAUGGUAGAAAAUCUAGAAAGUGUCACAGACAGCUCACAGUUACCACAUCUGCUCCAGUAAAUUUUCAAAAGAAAAUUAUUUUAUUAUAUGCAAUAUUUUGUAGUUAAAAAGGGGACAAGAAAAAAUUUCAAUGCACCAUAUGCAAGGAGCUGGAAAUGCAAAGCAAGAGCCUGCCCUGUUUCUGUUGCCACACACAGACACACAAAAAAUAUGAAACUAAAAGGUUUAGUAGGGCCUCACCCCUGCUUUCCUUUCUUAGGGUGGGUUCAGACAUUGCAUUUUUUGAGCCAAAGCAAGAAGUAGGUUCAAAGGGAAUGAAAAAAAUAUAUAUAUAUAUAAAGGAAAAACUCCUAUCUGCUGAAUCCCUUAUUGGCUUUGACUUCAAUGGGUCUGCAUUUUGCAGCAAAGUAUGGGACAUCUUUUGUGGAACAGACAUAUGAAUGCGAACAGCACAUGGAUGCCGUUCGAGCACUGUGCGCAUCUGUAUGUCCGUUCUGCAAAAAACAGAACCUGCUUUAUACUUUUCCGGACUGCAAACCCAUUAAAGUCAAUGUGUCUGCAAGAAAAUGUGGAUGC